UCAAAUUUCAACGUCCUAACGUUUCAGAUUCGAUUGCUGAAAAAACACACGGAUUUUCGGAUCAGAAUCUUCCAGAAUUUAUUAUUUUGCAGUGUUCUCAGGAAACGGAGACUGUAAGUAAAUACCGGUCAGGACCUACAACUUACAAGGAAAUUAAAAGGAUAGUGUGCUAUGAGAUCUGGAAUAAAUGCUUAGGAAAUGCUCAGUUUCAUCAUAAGUUAGGAUUAGUACCAAGAGAAAAAAAGAAAGCGUUAGUGGUAGUAAUUAUCUACAUAGCGACCACUUGGUGUUGGUGACUAAAGCGUCAAAGGGGGUCGACUUUCCCUUUCUAUUCCCGAGAAUCACAGAAGACUCAACGACUAAAUCAAGAUGUCUUAUAUGCUGAGCCAUCUCCACAACGGCUGGCAGGUCGACCAGGCCAUUCUCGGUGAGGAGGAUCGCGUCGUCGUCAUCCGCUUCGGUCACGACUGGGACCCGACCUGCAUGAAGAUGGACGAGACGCUGUACAGGAUCUGCGACAAGGUGAAGAACUACGCCGUGGUGUACCUGGUGGACAUCACGGAGGUGCCUGACUUCAAUAAGAUGUAUGAGCUGUACGACCCGUGCACGAUGAUGUACUUCUUCAGGAACAAGCAUAUAAUGAUUGAUCUCGGUACGGGUAACAACAAUAAGAUCAACUGGCCGAUAGACGAUGAACAGGAGGUGAUUGAUAUUGUGGAGACGGUUUACAGGGGCGCAAGGAAAGGGCGGGGUUUGGUGGUUUCGCCCAAAGACUACUCCACCAAAUAUCGCUAUUGAUUCAUGCUGCAGCUGUGUGAACAGUCAACCAGCAAUUUUUCGUCUGUUGAUGGUAAACGUUUCAAAAACAGUUGUUUUGUAAUGAACAAUGGCAACACGCUCCCACAUCGUCAAGUUCCAUGUCUUCAUAAGCAAUCAACCAACAUUUUUUUUCUCCAGAUGGAAUGUAGUACAUGUAGGUAUAGAAAACGCUUGUUUGGACACAGAAGCAGAUACAGCAGCAAAACAAAAAGGACCAUACGAGCAGUUAGCGAUUUAACUCUGGUAAGCUCGAAAAGAGCUCUGAUACAUUGAUAAAAGAGCGCUGGUAAAGUGGUAAACAAAAAGAACUACUUUAUUACCAUUGUGACUAAAUCACCCUUACCGGUAUUCAACACUAAUUUUAAAAGAGCUGUGUGAACAGUCCGGAAGUAUGUUUUAUUCUGAGAUACCGGAUAAACCAUUACCCCUCCAGGUAUCAUUGUUAUGUACUGCAUCUUCGUAACUAGUCAUAACCUUUUGUAAAGUAAGAUGUUGGUGGUUUAUUAUUUUGAAAUGAUACCUGACCAUAGUCUCUGUUACAUUCAGCGACCUGGUAUAUUUUGAGCAGUCUUAUCAAUUCAGUCUCUUAUAUUUAUUACAAUUUCUGAUUUGUAGUUGUUUCAUUUUUUUUUUUUUUCUAACCUUUUUUGUUAUUUUAAAUGUACCAUUCCCUGUAAAUGCAAGCAUAGUUUGGAUUAACAAAAUGUAUACUCUUUUAUUGCUUUUUCUUUUAUUUGUAAUGUUUUUUCCAGCAAUGAUGGCUUCAGGUUUUAUUUCAUCAAAAGAAUUGUGAAUGUUUGAAAUGAUAAGAGAUUUAUGAAUGUUUGAAAUAUUUAAUUAAUAAAUUUAGAGGUGAAUCGGAAAUUGGCAAGUACACCAUGUAGGUUGGUGGACUGUGUGACGUAAUCGUGGAUAACACUCCCUAUGUUGUGUACAAAAACAUGAAUUUUUGUUUUCUCCUAAGGGCCUUCUCCCUACUACCUUGGGGAACUCUAAAACCUAAUAAAAAUUGCUAUUUUACUACAUUUUUGUGUAGGAACAUGUGGUAGAGUUGUCCGCCACUACAUCCCAGUGACAUUGGAGAUUCAGCCAAUUUAAAAUUCUGUAACAUGUUCGUAGAUUGGUUGCAAAUACAACUAAACAAAAAAAAUCAUUACUUUCUUACCAUUUGUUUGAUUUUAUUCUAACUUUCACCAAUUGACUUCUAUGUUUUUACUUUUUUCCGCUUUCUUCCAGAGCAAUUUACUGUAAGUUAAGGUUGAAUUUUCUUUUGUUUGUUUUUUUAAAUGGGGGAGGGGGGAGGAUCUUAUCCCAUCCCUCCCAAUAAUCCCCCCCCCCCCAUGAUUAUUGUUGUAGCUCACAUGUCCACAAACAUUAAUUUUAGUUAAUUAUUGUGUGUUAAGACUGCUUGAUUUUGUUUGUUUUACAUGAUCCAUUUCCAAGUUGCAUCCAAAUUGGUAUGAAAUGUAGUAAAUACUUUUUGGUAUAACAAAAA